CCUAAUGGUAUUCGUUAUUGGCCAAAAGGUAAGUACUGCACCUGGAGAGGCGGCCCCCCCACGUCAGACUCACGCACUCUCCAGCACGUAAUCCGAGGGAACUGAUGGAAUAUUUGUAGUUUGCAUUCGAUUUUAUUCUACUUCAGUCUUUCCACUCAGUUGCCUCUGGCGACAACACUACGCCUCGUCCAAUUUUGCUCCUCGAAAAGGCCCACCCCUUUGUAGAAUGCCCCAGAGCCGACGGGUAGCCCGCGGCGUAAUCGACCCCCAACCAGCUCAGCCGCGCGCUACCUUGUGACGUCACCGGAGGAAGAGGCGGGUUCUCUCCUACUACAGGAAGACGUCUGCUUUUUUGAUUGGAUAUUGAAAACGUCCGUUAGGACGUGUCGCCCUUUCUGUGUGCUCGGGGAGCGUGGGCGUCCUGAGGGAUUGUGUGGCUGGGGUUUCUAAACCCGGCGCCAGCACCCGUACCCCUUCCAUCAGGGGUUGGGCUUAGGGUCGCCCCUGGGGGGCGGCUCUCGAAUCUUGAAGAGCAGGGGAACGCAGGCUGCCCCCAAACUGGGCGGGCAGAAAUAUGGCGGCGGCGUCGGUCUCUGCGGCUUCUGGUUCUCAGUUUUUGAACACCUUAGCUGAACCAUCAAAGGCUAGUGGAGGUAUGGUUCGCCAUUGUACAUCUCCAUAUGUAGUGUAUCCAUCUGAUAAGCCUUUCCUUAAUAGUGAUCUACGACGCUCCCCAAAUAAGCCUACACUUGCCUAUCCAGAAAGCAACAGCAGAGCCAUAUUUUCUGCUCUGAAAAAUCUUCAAGAUAAGAUUCGACGCUUGGAACUUGAAAGGAUUCAGGCAGAAGAAAGUGUGAAAACCUUGUCUAAAGAAACAAUUGAAUAUAAGAAAGUACUGGAUGAACAGAUACAAGAAAGGGAGAAUUCAAAGAAUGAGGAAUCAAAGCAUAAUCAAGAACUGACAUCUCAAUUGUUAGCUGCAGAAAAUAAGUGUAAUCUUUUAGAAAAACAGCUGGAAUAUAUGCGAAAUAUGAUAAAGCAUGCGGAAAUAGAGAGGUCAUCUGUCUUGGAGAAACAGGUUUCCUUAGAAAGAGAACGGCAACAUGAUCAGACACAUGUUCAGAGCCAGCUUGAAAAACUGGAUCUUCUUGAACAAGAAUAUAAUAAACUUACCACAAUGCAGGCUCUUGCAGAAAAAAAAAUGCAAGAGUUGGAAGCAAAACUUCAUGAAGAAGAACAGGAAAGGAAACGUAUGCAAGCUAAGGCAGCUGAGUUGCAGACUGGUCUAGAAACAAAUAAACUUAUCCUUGAUGAAAAGGCAACUCCAUAUGUUCCCAGCGCAAGAAGAAUUAAAAAAAAGAAGACUAAAUCACCAGAAAAGAAGAGUCCUAGGAACUAUUUUGGUGCCCAGCCGCAUUAUAGAUUAUGCUUGGGUGAUAUGCCAUUUGUAGCUGGAAAGUCCACCAGUCCUAGUCAUGCUGUGGUGGCCAAUGUUCAGCAUGUCUUGCAUCUAAUGAAGCAGCACAGUAAAGCUUUGUGCAAUGAUCGAGUAGUCAACAACGUUCCUUUGGCAAAACAAGUAUCUUCCCGAGGUGCUAAAAGUAAGAAGUUAUCAGUAACACCUUCCUCCUCCACCAGCAUUAAUGAGGAGUUGUCAGAAGUCUUACAGACCUUACAGGAUGAAUUUGGGCAGAUGAGCUUUGAUCAUCAGCAGCUUGCAAAACUUAUCCAAGAGUCGCCAACUGUAGAACUGAAAGAAAACUUAGAGUGUGAGCUGGAGGCACUGGUGGGAAGGAUGGAGGCAAAAGCCAAUCAAAUAACUAAAGUUCGAAAAUACCAAGCCCAGCUGGAGAGACAAAAGCUAGAGAAGCAGAAGAAGGAAUUAAAAGCUACGAAAAAAACUCUUGAUGAAGAAGGGAACAGCAGCAACCGUUCUUCUGGGAUCACAGGAGGGACCACAAAUAAGAAGGAUUGUGCCAAACCCAGACCUGGAGAAAAAAGCAGGAAAAAUCUUCAAUUAUUGAAGGACAUGCAGACCAUACAGAAUUCAUUACAGAGCAAUAGUUUGUGUUGGGAUUACUGACUUGGACCAGGUCAUAAAUUUUAUUCAGAUAAUCUGUACCUCAUCAAUCAAAUUUUGACAAUUUUACUUUCCAGACCUCAUGUUUAGUUGGAAUUAAUGAGUAGCAGGUAUUAAGAAACCAAGCUUCAUUACACUGAAUUUUUGUGUAUGCGGCAUGACUAAAUGUUAAACCAGGGGAGUGUUAAGCCUAAGAAGCCACAUAUAAUCUGUUUCUUGUAGAUAAAUUUGCUGUACUGGUAUAUUGCUCUUUGUAAAUUACCAAUUUUUUA